AUGCUAGAAGCUAAGUUCGAAGAAGCCAGUUUAUUUAAAAGAAUCAUUGACGGUUUUAAAGAUUGUGUUCAAUUAGUCAACUUUCAAUGCACCCCAAAGGGUAUCAUCGCCCAAGCAGUUGAUGACUCCAGAGUUCUAUUGGUUUCUCUAGAAAUUGGUACAGAAGCUUUCCAAGAAUAUAGAUGUGAUCAUCCAAUCACCUUAGGUAUGGAUUUAACAUCUCUAUCCAAGAUCUUAAGAUGUGGUAACAAUACCGAUACGUUAACUCUAAUUGCUGACGAAAACCCAGAUUCUGUCCUAUUACUAUUCGAAGACACCAAAAAAGAUAGAAUCGCUGAAUAUUCUUUGAAAUUAAUGGAAAUUGAUGCUGAUUUCUUGAAGAUUGAAGAAUUACAAUACGAUUCCAAUAUUUUAAUGCCAUCUGUUGAAUUCAGCAAAAUCGUUAGAGAUUUAUCUCAAUUAAGUGACUCUUUAAAUAUCAUGAUUACUAAGGAAACUAUUAAAUUUGUUGCUGAUGGUGACAUCGGUUCUGGUUCCGUGAUAUUGAAACCUUUUGUAAAUAUGGAUAAACCAGAAGAAAGUAUUAAGUUAGAAAUGGAUCAACCAGUCGACCUAACCUUCGGUGCUAAAUAUUUACUGGAUAUUAUCAAGGGUUCUUCUCUCUCAGACUCAGUAGGAAUCAGAUUAUCCAGUGAAGCUCCAGCUCUUUUCCAAUUUGAUUUAAAGAGUGGUUUCCUCCAAUUCUUCUUAGCUCCAAAAUUCAAUGAAGAAGAAUAG